AUGUCUAAAUUUUAUCCCUACCAAACAAAUUCUCAAUGUUCACAACCUGAGCUACCAAUCAACAGUAAUCAAUCCUUGUACUGGCCAACAUAUCAACUCAUUCCGAACUUUAAAUCUCCACAAUAUGAGUUGUCUCAAAUUAACACCAAUCAAUCCUCGCAAGAUUACAUUGAUCAACCCAUAUUCUGGCCUUCAUACUCAUGGCCUUCGACAUUCAUUCCUACACCAUCACCAUUAUUGAUGACCAAUAACAUUACAACAUCCGAAUCUCAAAGACAACAAUCACCAACAAUCACCAACAAUCAUGCAUCAUCAUCAUUAAACGAAUCAGUGAGCGAACCAGUUUCAAAUUUUCCAACACAUUCUUCUUCAUCAAAGGAGUUCAAAUGGAAGCAACGAUUAAUAAAUCAGUACAAUUCUUCUCCCCCAAUAACGUCUAUUGUUGGGAAAAAGAUUACAGCACACAAUAACCAACAACCAAUAUGUACGAGAUUGUCAUAG